GUUCCCGAACGGUUAGCGGUGUCAAAUAGCACCGACACUGCUAAAAAGCUCACCAGCUGCCUCUGUCGCUUGCACCUGCACACUGCACCUGCAUCCUGUGUCUCCUGUGUUUACCAUGAUCGUUUCCACCUGCCGUGGUCCAGCUUUUGCUGUGUAGUCGACCCAAAAAAAUACUAUCACCAGCCGUCUGUUUUUUGCUUGUUUCUGAACACUGUGUAACCUCAAACAUCGAGCAACAGUCAUGUGGAAGUCUGGGAGGAUUCAGAUGACCUGCCAAAGAAUGCUGGACAGAAGACCGCCACGUCGCAGGCACCGUCUAUGCCACACCGUCGCCACGAACCCCGACACCGACGGAUCUAGUCGGGCACGACUCUACGGACAGCCCACAGCGAGCACGCAUCCCCAUCUUCUACGGGAGGGCGAAGUCACCCCUGGCAUCGGGCAGGGAGAGUUCGCCGACCGAAGGCGACGACUCGUAGACUCAGUCCUUCGGCUGUGCGCCGUGUCUCCUACCGCCAAGUCGACCCAGAACCACGCGGUGGUCGUGCCGUCGGCGACCAAGUCCUACAUGUCGGACAAGAUCCCCUACCCGUUCAGGCAGAACUCGGACUUCCUGUACCUCACGGGGUUUCAGGAACCGGACAGCGUUUUGGUUGUCUACACGGACGCGGACCAGCCGGAGCCCAAGUCUGUCCUGUUUGUGCCGCAGAGGGACGCGCACUCGCAACUCUGGGACGGUCCGUGCGCGGGACCCGACGGAGCGGUGGAUCUACUCGGCGUCGACGCGGCGUACGGUACGGACGAGCUUGAGGGCUUCUUGCGGAAGCUUUUAGGCGGCAAGGCCUCCAAGAUGCUAUGGUACGACCGUGCAGCUGCAGGCUCGACAUGGCCCACCGCGCACAGGGUGCUUGGCCAGCUGAGCGAAGAACACAAGGGCAACUUGGCGAUAGAAUCGCCGCGGCUGCCAAUCCAGCGCCUGCGCCUCAUCAAGUCGGAGGCGGAGCAGAACCUGAUGCGGCAGAGCUGCCGAGUGGCGGGGGAGGCCAUGGCGGAAGUGGUGCGCGCGUCUCACGGGGGCGUCUCGGAGGCCCAGCUGCACGCCAAGAUGGAGUUUGAGUGCCGGAUACGCGGAGCAGAGCGGCUAGCCUACCCUCCGGUUGUGGCCGGUGGAAACCGGGCCAACGUCAUCCACUACGUCGCCAACGACCAGCGGGUCUUCGACGGAGAGCUGGUGCUCAUGGAUGCAGGGUGCGAGCUACACGGCUAUGCGAGCGACCUGACGCGCACGUGGCCGGUCAACGGGAGCUUCGGGUCGGGUCAGCGGGAGCUGUACGAGUUGCUCUGGGACGUUCAGCAGCAGCUGCUGAGGGAGCUCCCCGUGUCCCUGGACUCUCUGUUCCACACCAUGUGCAACCUGCUCGGGCUAAGGCUGAGGGAGGCGGGGGUCCUCGCUCCGGCCACGCCGGACUCCGAACUCGCCAGGGAAGCUCACAAGCUGUGCCCCCACCACGUUGGCCAUUACUUGGGCAUGGAUGUACACGACACCCCUCUGCUUCCACGAAGCAUGCGGCUGCCUCCAGGAUGCGUGGUCACUGUCGAGCCAGGAAUCUACAUCCCUGAAACGGACACGAAGGUCGCCCCCAGGUUUCGCGGGGUGGGCAUGCGCAUCGAAGACGACGUCCUCCUGCUGCAGUCCGGGCCGCAGGUGCUAACCCUAGCCUGCCCCAGAGAACCCGACACUCUAGAAGAACUGUCUGCGGGACAGCGAGCACCAUCAACCAGCUGAAGUUGCAUCGACCGAAGUUGCACGGUUCGGCGAACCAAAUUGUUCGGCGGUUCGUGAGCGGUACACAAACACGUCUGCCCAAGUCAGAACAACUUUGUUCAUUGUGUUCCCACAAAAAACUGUUCUCCGAUGGUACGAUGCGUUGGCACGAGAUGAGGUCAUCCGAGUCCCGGCCGAGAGUGUCGGCCCUUUCCCGUAGAUGCCCAGUAGGACUCGUAGUACUGGACCGUUUCCUGCGAGAUGCGUGGCCGGACGAGCUGCAGUGCGGCCUCCAGGUGCAGUGCCGUGAUGUGCCUGGCCUCGAUGUCUUCCUCCAGCGCGAUCAGCGCAGCCUCCUGACACACGGCCACCACCUGUUCGUCGGGAAACGUGCAACGUUUACGUAUGUGCGCGCGCCACUUCAGUUCCAACGCGACUCGCUUUCGCCGCGACCGAAGCGUGUUCCAAAGCGUCGUCUGGAAGUCAAGCUACCCAGCUAGUAUACCUUUUCGUUUGCACAAACGAAGACGCGUUCGUCGUCUGUUUGGCAAGUUUCGUUUCUGAACUCUGUGCAUGUUGCCAGGUAGAACCGUUUGCUUGUUUCCUUGCUGCCUGCUUCUAGUCAUGACCGGACCCCCGGGAUAACUAGCGGUGGUGCCAGUUAUUAGUCGGCGCUGCGGUUUAACCGUUAAAAGAAUGAGAACCGCGGGGAGGUCCCUCGGUUUUUUUCACCUCCAGCACCAGCUCCCCACCUUCGAUAAUGCUCGAGCGUGUGCGUGCGCCCAAAGCGAGAAAAAAUGCAGCUGGGAGCCGCGCAUCCGAAGCAGACGCCCUGCCGUGCUCACUCUGCCUCUGCCUAUGGUAGUUAGCAGUUGAAAGUCCAGGCUUUUUGUAGUGCCUUGAAAUGACGGCCCCUUGCCAUUUUUUACGGAACGAGAGUCACGGGGCUUGUGCAGACGUGGGAUGCCACACGGCGUUUUAUCGAAAAGAGCACGACAGUUUUUGGCCCUACUGGUGUAUAAAGUGGCAAUUCGUUUUAGUAAGGUGCUAAUAGUGUGUUUUAACUUUACUUUUUCUACAACGUUACUCCUUUCUAGUAAAGUGACACUCGUGUUUUACAGUGCACUUAAAAUAUCUGCAUACCUGCCGAGUUCAGAAGUCCGGGAGAUUUUCUGAGCCUGGAGGUUUUUUUUUAAAGAAAUGUUGACAAUUAAUUUACAUGAAGACAAAUUUAUUACAUUUGUAUAGCACUGCUCAUGCUAGUGAGAUAUAGCUGGGUCCCGCUAUCGUUGCUGUCGUGGGGAGGAGACCUCGUUUAAGUGCAGGGAGGGGGGUUAAUUUGAGUUUUUCGGAAGAUUUUCCUGUCAAUCGUACAACCGGACGAAAUGGUCAAAAUUCCGGAGUCUCCCCGGUAAUACAGGAGACUUGGCAGGUAUGUAUCGGCAUCAGUGCAACAGGUAUGAGUACAGUGAACGUUACCAUUUAGCAUACCCUGUACAGUGCAAUCCAUUUAUAACAUUACCACAUAUAACAAUGUAUUGCUUAUAACGAUCUGUUUCUAGUCCAGAUACAACAAUAAUCGGUUAUAAAUUGUUUGUUUGUUUUCAUUAUUGUUAUAAGUGGAUUGCACAUUAGUAUUUUCACAUUAACAAAACUAAUUUAAAAAGUUGACCUGCAUGAAUUGCUUACAAGACUACAAGAAGAACCUGGUCUUCCAUUUUACAGCCCAAUUUUAGUGCUUCUAAUUGCAAGACCUGCUGCUGCUUGGCUGUAUAGUGCACUGUGAAGAAGAGUGUGUUCAAAGCCAUUCUCGGUGGUAAAAUCCCGCUUGAUUCUACUCGGUCCAGUUGCCAGUGCCUUACAUGUACAGCAUUUCUUUGAAUCCCAUUUUAAACAAAAUGUACCAAAAAAAAAAAAAGGAUGUGGUGUACAAAGUUAAAUCUCACUAGGCUCAGAUACCACUGUACAUUGAGAAGAGGUGUGCAAUUUGAAUAUUUCUGAAUAUGAAUAUCUUACAUUUAAUGUGAAUUGAGCAUGGAUACUUUGAUAAAUCACAGAUGGAAUUCUUUUUGGGAAAACACCUAUGGAACUGAACACUUUUAUUGCAUAAGAAACAUUUCUCAUCAUAUUAAAAAAAGUAAAGGUGCGGUAAGGUGACAGGAGUUGGGAGAAGCAUAAUCUGACAUGGGAAGCAAAGGAGUGACCUCCUUAUUUAUUUGAAGAUAACAUUGUUUUCUUUUCUGGCCCUGUCCUUUAAAAUGUAGGGGUCACACCAUAAAACUAAUCAAAGAAGGUUGACCCAAAAUAAUGAGGAAACUGUUCAGACCCUCUGACCCUACCAAGAUGCUCCGACACGUUAGCCGUUUCUCCUGGCAUGCCGGUGCAAAAAAGUGAAGCUCGACACCAGAGCGCUGGUGAUGCUGCGAAGCUUGGUGCGAGAAACGGAGGGAAUAUUCUAAAAACUGCAACGGUAAAAGCGUGCCGUGAACCGAAUCCAUUGGUAAAUGGUAACUUGCAAAUUGAUCAAAGUUUCUAAGAUUUUCACACCUCUAAUUACAAGCUCGAAGCACAGCCACAAUGUUGGCAGAGCAGCUCCACCAGAGAAACGCCAACUUCCAAGUUUGCAUCAUGAUAUCACCAAUAAAGCUAUGAACUGUUUGA